AUGAGUUUAUUAUAUGUUCGUUUGUUUUUUCUCGUAUUAGACCACCUCGGAUUCCGUCCUUUUCGGGCACUGACAGACGUCAAGAAGCGUUACCUGUCCCUGUCGUGGACCUUGGCGCCAUGGCAGGAUGCAGACAUCUUGGCGGCCCUCCUGGAUUUCAUAGGCAGCUAUCAUCUGACAGGCAUAGAACUCAGGCUGAACAACAUCAAGCAGGCGUACAAGUUUAUCGCCUUCUGCGAGACCUUUGUGUCAAAGGCCCCAGCGGAAGACAGCCUCAUGAUCAGAGUGGACAAGGCGGUGGACAUGACCGAGGACCUGCUCGGAAAACUGUCCCGGUUGUCCACGUUCCUCAUCCUUGAGACACAGGGGGCCCGCAUGGGGGCGCUUCAUACCUUACGGUUUCCCAACCCGUACCAACCAUACAACGGCUCCCACAGGCGAGACGUCUAUCUGAGAUAUCGGCUGUGGAAUGUGCAAGCCUGGAAGACGCGACUGCGCGCGGACAACGUUUGCUUCAGCAUCUCCCUGACGGUCAUCAAGGGUCUCAAAGGAGCCAGACCUGGACUCCUGGGUUACUCCUACACAAACCUCAAAGAGGCUUGUCGAUUGCACAAGAUUCAGACGGGAGUCGAGUGGAUGGCCCUGUCUCGCUACAAGCAGAACCGAACGGUAUUCUACGGAUACGACAAUAAGAAAACCAUCACCAAAAAGUUGUGGCGGGUGUCCCACGAGUUCCCGAACUACUGCGUUUCGGUGUACGACGUGGAGAAUGACGACUUCGAAGGCUUCUGCCCCAACAAGAGCACGCCGCUGUUGAGAAUCAUCAGAAAACUCGUCACACCGAUUACGCACUCGAGAUUCAUGUUGAUCUGA